UUCUCUUUUAUAGACAUUGAUAUUUUUAUUUUUUAUUUUUAUUUUGGUUCUUGUCUUUAUAGGCAUUGAUUCUUGUAAUUGAAACAUGCCGGUUGAUCUGCACACCUAAUCAUUGCAGUUGCCUGGUUGUGGAUCACGAAAAAUUAAUUAACCUAAUAAUAAUUGUAACGGGGAUUAAAAUAAUUGUAUAUAUAAGAGGGCAUAGUUUUUUAGGUUGGCUCUCAAUUUCUCUCUCAUUUCCUGUUUAUUUUAGUUAUAUAAAUACAAUGAAUACUGGGAAGUCAAUGAACAAAUAAUUAAUUGUUUUUCAUUUUUUUUUUUUUUUUUGGUUUUAAUGGUUGCUGAAAAAGAGAAUCAAUGUGUUUUUUUAUUUUUAUUUUUUAUGGUUGCCGAAAUAAAGAAAUAACAUCGGUAUAAUGUAUUGUAACUACUGCUACUGCUACUAUUCCUCUCGUUCUGCAGGUGGAGAUGAUAGACUGAUGAAACCACUGGGUGGUCGAGGACCUUUUCAAAGCUUGAAUUAUUAUUUUUUUUUCCGACAUUAUCUGUUUACGGUUAAAAUAAACCGGCAAAGCCUAUUGAAGAUGAGUAUCAAAAAAAUUCCUCAAAACUCAAAAACGCGUGGAAGUUGAAUUUAACAUGUUUGACGAAAUGCGGCAAUGGAACAUGAUCUGCUUUGGAAAUUGAAAUUUCAGAGCCCACAUUUUCACAUAUGGUGGGUGCAUCUGUCAGCUAUUCAAAAUGUCACUUUUUAUUAUUAUUAUCUGGAACUGUCGGGUUUGACUUCACAUCCUACUAUUAGAAUGGCAACUAUGAAGUUUUGACGCGGAAAAACAUGGAUCCCCUAGAGGUUCUGCUCUAUAUGUGGAUGGAUACAUACCAAUUACCAUGGACUGCAAAAGUCUUGUUUGAGUUUGACAGACUUGAAGAAGAAAGGGCCACAAGCAGUAGUACGCAUGCUGCUUUCAGUUUUUCAUGUAAUGUUUAUCAGUCUGUGCUGCUGCAAUAUUAUUAUUUAAGGCUGGACUAUUGUUCUGAUUCAUGCCGAAAAGAUUGAAGCCAGCUGUCCAAGAAAGGUUGUGGUCAACUUUUAAAUGGUAAAUCUUUGAAUCUAAUGAGCAAAGUGAGCAUGACAAAUGCCAAGCUUUGAAGAAAUCCAAAGUGGGUUUUGCAGCGUGUCGAACUUAAAAAAGACAAAAGAACUACUUUCUACCUGAUCAAAAAGGGAUUAAGCUCUUGAUCAAUUUGUCACCUGUGUAAGAGCUCAGCAUAUAUUCAUGGCUGAAAUUGUUGUUUCUUUUGUUUUAGAAAGGCUUGGUGAAGUACUUGACCAAAUCCAUUUGUGCAAAGAUGUUCAUCAGCAAGUAGAGCGGUUGAGGAAUGAACUCAAGCGGAUGCAGUGCUUCUUAAAAGAUGCAGAUGCGAAGGAAGAAGGUGAUAUGAGGGUGCAUAAUUGGGUUUCUGAUAUCAGAAACGUUGCUUAUGAUGCUGAGGACCUCAUUGACACCUACAUCCUGAAAAUCGAAUCCUUGAGCAAAAUCCACUUCAUGAAGAGGUAUGCUUUUGUUUUUCAAGAAUGGAAGCAAAGUUGCAAGAUGAUGAAAGAUCUGGAGGCCAUCCAAUUAAAGAUUUCUGACAUUUCUACCAGUCGUGGGACAUACGGGAUAAAGAAUAUUGGGGAGGGAACAAGUCAUGCGAAUGAGACGUUGCUGAAGCUGCGGCGAUCAUCUCCUCGUGGCCAGGACUCGGAUAUUGUUGGAUUGGAGGAGGACAUAGUUAUUAUUGUGAACCAGCUUGUCAAGGACAAUCAAAGGUGGGCAAUCUCAAUAGUCGGCAUGGGAGGGAUUGGUAAGACCACCUUGGCAAAAGAGGUUUAUAACCAUGCUGAAGUUCGGGCUUGUUUUGAUUGUCGUGCUUGGGUUUAUGUGUCCCAAGACUUCAAAACUAGAGAUGUUUUGGGAGGGAUUCUAAAACAGGUUACAAGAACAACAAAGCAUUUUCAAAAAUUUGGCGAAGAAGAGUUGGAGGAAAUGCUGUAUGAGCAUUUGCAGGGGACACGUUAUCUGGUGGUUGUUGAUGAUAUAUGGAGCACCACGGCUUGGGAUAGUAUGGCAAGGGCCUUCCCAUAUUGUGGCAAUGGAAGUAAAGUGUUGCUUACAACUCGUAAUAGGAAUGUUGCUUUGCAUGCAGAUGCUCAAAGCAUUCCCCAUGAAAUGAGAUUUCGAAGCAAAGAGGACAGCUGGAAAUUGUUCUGCCGAAAAGCAUUGAUUGAAAGCAUUGAUAGAGAAUGUCCACCUGAGUUAGAGAAAAUUGGAGGUGAAAUUGUGGAAAAAUGUGAUGGUUUACCUCUAGCCAUCAUUGUAUUGGGAGGUUUGCUUUCGAGGAAAAGGAGACUGAGUGAAUGGGAGAGGGUUCUAAACACUAUUCAUUCAUACUUUGCCCGAGAUCCAAAUGGGGUAUCAGCUAUACUAGCUUUAAGCUUUUACGACUUGCCCUGUUAUCUAAAGUUCUGCUUUCUGUAUUUAGGAUUAUUUCCUGAAGACUACGUGAUCACUGCACGUAAAUUGUAUCGGCUAUGGAUUGCAGAGGGUUUGAUCCCACAAAAUGGAGAGAGAAUGGAGGACAUAGCAGAGGACUAUCUGAACGAGCUAAUUGAUAGAAAUAUGGUCCAAGUGGCAAAGGUAAGUGCAAAUGAUAGAGUCAAACACUGUCGAAUUCACGACUUAAUGCGAGACCUGGCCAUCUCUAAGUCUAGGGUAAUGAAUUUUCUUGAGAUCCGUAGGAAACGGAAUUCGGUGCCUCCAGCUAAAACCCGUCAUCUUGCUGUCUGCUCCAGCUCUGUUGACUUCCUUGAAAAUUCAGAUCCACAUCUGCGGUCUCUCCUCUUCUUUCAACUGAAUAAUGAAAGUUGUGUUACUGAUCUGCGUUUAAUCUGUAGAAAAUUUAAACUCGUUAAAGUCUUAGAAUUGGAGGGUACGUGGUUGAAGUAUGGUGGCAUUCCCAAUGUAAUUGGUGAACUGUUUCAUUUGAAGUACUUGGGUUUACGACGUUGCGAAUUACAAUCCCUACCAGAAGGUAUAGGUUCAUUGUCUAAUCUUCAAACUCUUGAUGUUGCUGAAAAUUUUGAUCUUAAGACAGUUCCUAAUGUGUUAUGGAAGUUGAAAAACUUGAGGCAUCUUUACAUGGAUGCCUCUAUGUUUGGUAACCAGUUGCGAAUUGACACCCUACGGCAUCUCCAGACUCUGUCAGAUUUUCGGGUUAAGGAUUGGAAGGAAACAAACACCAUCAAUUUAAUCAAUCUUCGAAAGUUGGGAUUGAGAGGAAACUUUUGCAUAGAGAAGGAUAAAAUCUUUAAUUCCUUGUCCAAGCUUUUGUACCUCCAGUCCUUGUUCCUGCAUACUGAUGAAGAUUAUAUAUUUCCAUCACUCAAACUUUCUUCUCUUCGCCGUGUCAUCAAGUUGCAAAUGAUAGGAGUGAUAAGAAAUCUACCGAGACCAGAUGAAUUCCCUCCACGUCUGACUCAGUUGAUUUUACAUCAAUCUCGUCUUAGCAAUGAUCCUAUGAAGGUGCUAAAAGAGCUUCCUUUUCUCUUUGUUCUUAGGCUGAAAGCAUCUUCUUACAGUGGAAAAACACUUCAAGUUUCUGUUGAUGGGUUUCGUCAACUUGAGUUCCUGGAGCUUGAAUUAUUGGAAUGUUUGGAAGAGUUUAAUGUUGAAGAAAAUGCACUGCCAAAGCUCAGAAGUUUUCAACUUACCCUAUGCAGGCAUUUGAGGAUGCUCCCAGAAGAGAUAAAAUCUGUAACUACUCUGAGUGAGUUGGAAAUAAAACAGAUGCCAAAUAGAUUUGUAGAAAGGUUGCAAGGUGAAGAUUAUUACAAAAUCCAGCAUGUUCCAUCCAUCACUAUCCUCAAGGUUGUUUGAGCUUUAAAAAUCAUGGUAUUAUGUGUUCAAACUGCUCUCUCUCUCUCUCUCUCUCUCUCUCGCGCGCGCGCACUCCACCUUCUUGCGACAAAUUUAUUGUACUUGCUCUUGUUGUGGUAGAAGUACACUCUUUUAUUAUGUUAUUUGUGAGCUCCGGCAGCUCAAACAUUGUAGCAUACAAUUAUCUUUUAUUACUUGUCAAAGUUUCCAAAUUGCAUCUCUUGUCAGUUUAUCUUUGCUUCGUAGACGGUGUCCUACUGUUCUACUAGGCAUGGAAAAAUGAAUUGGAAUUGCAGCCUGAGAUUUUGUUAA